AUGGGAUGGGCUGACAGCCUCCUCACUUUUGCCCGCGAUGAGAGACUCGUUCUCGUGACCUUGGGUCUCGCAACUUUUGGUGUCGUGAGCACCGUGUUUACUGCACUCACUAUCAUUAGAGACGACAAUGAGAUUCCCCCACCACAGCCAAAAACACAAUACAUCACGCAAGACACUGAGGAUUCAUUACAGCUUGAAACUUUAGAAAAAUUACUAGAUCACCCAAAUUAUUCUAUUCGAGAAGUCGCGAUCAAGAUCCUUUGCGAUCGAGCAGUCAACGAUCCUGAGACAACUCACUCAUUGUUGUUUGGUAUUACUCGCCCAAAUUAUGACGAAAGAAUGCGAUGCCUUCGGGCCUUGGCUCUGCUUACUGGGCAGACUAUUGGCCUGGACGGUCUCUCCAAGUUGAAUAACCCAAAGGCCUAUUCUGCUCUCGUCAGGUCUCUAGAGCUUAGUCUAGAUGACGCUGAGCGACCAAAUCUUACCGACAGUCACUGGGAUGAAUACUACCUUCGCGAUAUGGCCGAAAGGUUCUGCCUUAUGUUCAUUCUCGAGCUUGUCAACAAGUACGGCGCCAGCAUGCUUGUCAAAGCACGUUUUGUAGAGAAGUGGCUAGCAAAACAAGAAUGGGGCGACACCCCAGAAGAGAGACGUCGCAGCUUCAAGGACUACAUGGCCCUCAAGGCAAACCGGAUCGUUGAGAUCGUCGAUCGAAUUAAGGAGUCUAGACGAGGCCUCAGAGCACUGGAAAAAGCUGGAUUGAUAGAUAAGGAGAACUCCAGAAGGAGAAUCCGGGAACUGCCAGAUCUGAUUAUGGAGAUUGAGGAAGAAGCCAGGAACCUUCCGUUUGUUGAACCCCAGGUUACGCGAACAAGGGAGCACUCAGCGGAAGAGCAACGGCUACGACGACAACAUCGAGAGGCCAUGGUUCUGAACGAUGGAACUCGACCAUUGGCGCGCGAAGACAUCAUUGAGAGAGAACAGAGCUCUCCGGCAUAG